AUGUCUCGGCCGACGAGAAAAUCAAUCAGUAGUCAAACUCAAGACUCAUCCGAAAAUCCAGUGAAGACUGUCAAUUUAAAUAAUAAUGAAUUACCAAAGACGUCACCUCAUGUUCCUCAAGAAUCACCAUCGAUCAAGCAAACUGAACCUAGCGCAUCAAGUACGACGAUAAGACAAGAAUGCAAAUAUGUGGGUGAUAUGUAUGCAGAGAAGAAACAUGGGUCAGGAGUAUUGUCCUGGUCAGAUGAUCAGACAUACAGUGGAGCCUUUCAUGCCGAUAAACGACAUGGUUUUGGAACGUAUCAACAACCGGAAACCUUUGAAUUCAAAGGUUUAUAUCGAAAUGACGAACGGUUUGGUCCUGGAAUGCUAACCUAUCGAAAAUCUCAACACGUUGAUGUUGGCUUCUGGUUAAGUGAUGAUCUCAUUCGUCUCCUUUAUCCUCAUCCCACGCUUCAGCUGGAUAUACGUAUUACGGAUGUCAAACCUCGAGGUGAAUCGUCUCAAAUUUUACCAGCAUGGUAUUCACCUUAUCAAUUGCUUUCCUCGGUACCGGAUUUUGAUUUUAUUCUGAACAAAAAGCCAGCCUCACUGCUGUGUGAAAAUCACGAAGAUCAAAGCUCAUCAACUUUCACACGAUAUUUAAUUGAACAUGCGGACCGAGUACAAAAAGUUUUAUGUGAAAAACGAGCUCAGUUAGAAGCUUCAAUAGCGGAUUUUAAUGAUGAAGAUGUCUCGAAAGAUAUGAUUUUCAACGAGAGAACUGCACAUGUUCCGAUACCAAAUCAAACCGAUGAACAACAUCAGAUAUUUUAUCAUACCAAUCGAUUUUUACCUUUGAAGAAACAAGCGAGAUUUCCUAUCGAUGAAAUUUUAUCAAAUGCACGUUCGACUUUUCCUGAACCUGGUCCAUUGGAAAAUUCCUCGUUACUCCUAUUCGAAUUAGCAUUUCAUGGUGAAACCAAACAAAUUCGUCAUCUGCUCAUGCACACCCAAACUUAUGUAGAUGUGUGUGAUUCUCGAGGCUUGACUGCUCUUCAUUUUGCUACUUAUAAUCUUCAUUUGGACGCUAUCAACGUCCUUUUGGAUUUCGGUGCUAAUGUGAAUCAGUUCACAGACGACGGAUUAACGCCCUUGUCAAUUGUUUUUCUAUUCUAUUACGGAAAUAAUCCGUAUGAAACAAUCAACAGAGCUUUUGAGCAUGCUGAUUUAGUCGUUCCAAGUCCUACUAUUGAAUCGAGACAAUCAAGUUCGAAGGAGAAGGUGGCAUCACGAAAAUCAUCAGGUGGAGUUACUGCAGCAGAAAAGAAGGAAUUAGAAACUCCAGCAGAAACAAAUACGACAGAAGAUGCAAAAAACUAUGGAUACGAGUUGACAGAUGAUCUUCGUGAGCGCAUGAGACAUGAACAAUUUCGAGAGACUGUUCUGACAACGAUCAAGCUCCUUCUUCGCCGUGGUGCAGAUCCUUCAAUGAGCGAUUGGCCUCUGCCCGUAUUGGCACUGGCAAUACGCGCAGGUGAUCUCGAAAUGGUUGAGUUACUAUUGAAGAAGAAAGCACAAGUGAAUUGUCGAUUAAAUUCAGCUCGUCAUGCAAGUCUUACACCAUUACAUAUUGCUUGUGGUAGUUUAGAACCAACAGCGUUCGGCAUGGUUCGACUCCUGUUAGAACAUGGUGCACAAACAAAUGUUGAAACGUCUCCGGUUAAUCAAGAAUAUCUUUCACUUGCUGACCCAUUAGUUUGUAAUAUCAGUAACCGAACUGAAACACAAGGUCACGGGCGUACACCAUUACAUAUUGCCUGUGCACGAGAAGCAACUGACGAGACAUCAUCUCUUGUCCGUUUACUUCUCAAACAUAAAGCAAAUCCAAAUAUUGUCUGCAACGGUCAAACUCCACUUUCUCUUGCCAUCUCAAUGGCCAAUGAGUCCGUUGUUGAUAUGCUCCUCAAUCAUGAAACAAUAGAUCCGGCGAUUUCACUCGGUGAAGGAAAUGGAAAUGCUUUGUGUACAGUUGUUUCAACAGUCUACGGAUCUCGUUGGAAUUAUGAUAAAAGAAUAGAAUUAAUCGAACGAAUCAUUGCUAAAAGUCCUCGCGUUCUCUAUCCAGUUCAUUUUAGUCAAAAGCAUCUAACAGGUUCAACUGUUGACUAUGCUUAUUAUUCAUUCUUUGCGGACACACGAAUCGCGCAAACGCCAUACCAUAUUUUAUCACCUGAAGAACGAGUUAUUUAUAAAGAACGCAAGGAAUUACUUGCUCAUCUUGCCAAACGAUUUCGUGAGGAAGUCGCUAAGAACGAAAAUCUCUUGACUUCGCCAUCCGUUGAAGAUCUAAGUCAAACGACUGCUCGACAUUCAUCUUCACCACGUCGAAGUGUCACUCUUCGUACCUCAUUUACUGAGAAGACUAAAAACCCCAAUUCGAAAGGAAAUACCGAAUUUCAUUUUUGUGCCACAUGCGGUCGAAGUACCGGCGUUCGUUUAACACCGUGUAAACAAUGUGAAAUGGUUAAUUUUUGUUCGAAAGCUUGUCGAACAACAGGAUGGGAUGCAUUUCACGAAGAAGAAUGUAAAUUACUUCAACAAUCACGUAAUUCUACUAAAGUUACAAUCGAUGACAAGUCACUGAAAACUCGUCAAACAACACGUUUGUCAUUAAAACACGCUAAUCGUUCUAAGGAUUUAGCUGAAUCGAGUGGUGCUUUCUCGAAGAAGAAUUCCUCCAUGAAAACUUCACAGUUCCUAUCAAGUAGUAAUCAAUUUUCCAUGCUUUCACCAGCGAAACUAAUUCGUCAAAGACGUCUGAAACAACUAGGACGAUUACCGACAUAUCUGGAUGGUGUCGAUCUCUCUUGGAACUAUACAUACGAUGGUCCAGAAAACUACAGCUUCAGUUGA